AUGCCGUGCCGGCGGCCGGGCGGGGAGCGCUUCCUGCUGCUGGAGCGCGCGGUGGCUUUGCCGGGCGGCCCCGCGGGGGCCAAGGAGGUGGACGCGCUGGUGGCCAAGCUGGGCGAGGUGCUGCAGCUGCGGACGCCGCCGCCGCCCCGCCUCCCCAAGCCCCGCGGCCGGGACCGCGCGGCCCCGUACUCGGCCCCCAGGGGGCUCGGCUUCCUCGCCGCGCUGCACCGGCAGCCGCCGCACCAGCGCCCCCCGCCGCCCGCGGACAGGAAAGGCAGCCCUCGGGUCGCCAAGCAGCUCUGCGGCCGGGGCUGGCUGAGCAGCGCCGCCGGGAAGAAGCCGCGGCGGCGGCGGCACCCCCUGCUGGGCGAGGCGGAGGAGGAGGAGGACGAGGACCCGCACCGGCUCCUCCAGCAGCUCAUCCUCUCCGGCAACCUCAUCAAGGAAGCCGUCCGGCGCCUGCAGCUGGCGGCCGCCGCCUCCACCGCGGUGGGGGAGGCUUCCGCCCCGGGCUCGCCCAGCUCCGCCUCGUCCGCCGGGAGCGGCAGCAACAGCAGCAGCGGCGAAGGGGACGCCGCCGCUCCCCCGACGGCGGCCGCCGCCGUCUCCUCUUUGCAGCCGCUGCCCUAA